AUGGCUGCUACCUCUUAUUCAACGUUACCUUCUAAUAAAUAUACUGAUUUUGGAUCUAGACAAGAUCCAUAUCAUUCAAAUAAUUAUGGUACAUAUGAUGCAGGUUUCGGAUCAUUAACUUCACAUCCAUAUCAAUAUGAAACAAAUAAUUAUGAUACGAUUUCUGUUGAUAAUCAACAAACAACAAUGAAUAGUCAUUCGAAUUCACAAGUGCCUGUAACUAAUUAUAGACCAUUAGAUACGAAUCAUAAUACGGGAACUUAUGGUACGACAAAUAUUGCGCAAACAUCAUAUAAAAGGAAUAUGGAUAAUCAUCAAGUGGAAUCUAAGAACUAUCCACAGAGUUCAUAUGCUGACACAACACAGCAACGGCCACCUGUUCCAAAUGAUAAUCAGCAUCAGCGAUCUCAAACGCACCUCAUUCGAUCUGAACAUCAAAUCUCAAAUCGUCUCCCUAAGGAACAACAGCAACAGCAUAAAGCUCAGCCACCAUCUCAAUCAAAUUUGACUCGAUCGGAACAACAAAUGUCAAAAGCUCGUGCAUCACCUCCUAUUCCUCAUCAUGCAUUAUUGAAUGGUGAUAGUAAUUAUGUAUCUGAAACGUCAUUGAAAACAACUAGUCUUUUACAAGAAUUAAAACCUACGAAAUCAAGUCAAAUGAGAGCUGCAGCUAUACAAAAAAGAGAAAAAGUUCUUGAACAAAAACGUCACGAUCGAUAUUUUCCAUCAAGUGAAAAUAUACCUACACUAACAAAAAUAAAACCUCAACAUGAAAGUCCUAAAAUAGAUGCUGAACAAAAUACAAAAGAAAAACCAAGUCGUGACAAAAAACAAUCUGAUUCAUUACCAAAACAACAUCACAGUCGUCGUCAUGGAAAUCAAACAGAAGAUAAUAAAAGCUCAGGUGAUGAUGAUGAUAAUAAUAAUACACGUCAUCGAAGUAAAUCUAAAAAACGAGCAACAGCUUCUGAUAAUCAUCCUAACAAACAUUCACAUCUUCCUCCAGUUCAUCAUGGUCGAAUGCCACCUUUUCACGAUCCUUACAUGGAUUAUCCAUUACCUCCAGGACAUCCUAUAAGAGGACGAUAUCCAUAUCACGAUGGAUUUCCACCCUAUGGACCCUAUUAUGGUCUAUAUGGUCAUCAUCAUUUGUAUGACGAAGCUGAUGAUAUUCCACCUUAUCUGUCACCUUAUCAUGACGCUUAUGAUCCAUUUUUUGAUUAUGAAAAACGAAAAAUUAAACCAAAACGACACAAAAGUAAACCAGAUGGUCAUAGUGAUCAUGAAGAAAAUAAUGGUGGUGUAACUGGAUAUGAAACUGAACGAGAUGAUGGUGGUAAAAGUCAAUUAUCACGAAAAAGUCGAAAUAAAAAUACAAAUCAUGAUCAUCGUGGUCGAAAGAGUCGUCGUGAUUAUGAAGAAAACAUGCAUUCACAUUGGCCACCAGGAUACUAUCCACCAAAUUAUUAUCAGGGUCGUGAUGUAAUGCUUGAAGUUUGGCGUCAAGAACGAAAUGAUUAUUUAAAAAGAAAAUUUAAACCAUCUAUUCAUGAUGUUCUUUAUUCUCAACAAUGGAUGAAAGCAGAUAGUUAUCUAGAAAACCAACGAAGACGUGCUGUACGUGAUGCACAAGGUUAUUAUUUUCCAUAUAAAAAAUAUACAUUAAAAGAUUAUAAAGAUUUUCAAAAAUUAAAUAAUCCAAAUCUAUUUGGUGAUGCCAAUGAAACAGUUAUUGAUCGAAAAGAACGUGCAAAAAAACGUCAAGAAUAUGGUUCAUUAGUUGAAAGACAAAUGGUAGAUAAUCCAGGAACACGACAUAUACCACCACGUGAAAUAGGACCUCGAGAACCAUGGCAUUUAAGUAAUAGUGAUCAUGAUCCUGAAAAAUUAUCAAAAAGAGAACGAGUACAAACACCAUAA